AUGUUCAUUUUACCACCCAAUUCCACCGCCAAACUGAUGCUGAACAGUUUCUGGGGCAAAUUCGGGGAGCGUAUCAACAAACCCACCACCGUCACUGUCAAAGACCCCGCCCAUUUGUUCAAUCUCAUUACCGACGCUGCCCUCGAUAUCAGCACUCUCCGCCUCUGUACUGACGACAUCUUGGAAGCGUCUAUACCAGUGUCCAAGACAAUGCCGUCAAAGGCACCAAGACCAACAUCUUUGUGGCGGCCUUCACCACGUGCCAUGCUCGGCUCAAGCUCUAUGAGUCUCUGAACACCCUCCAGGAACAAGUCCUUUACUAUGAUACGGACAGUGUGAUCUACCGAUGGCGUCCCAAUCAACCCUCCAUCACCACGGGUGAUUUUCUGGGGGACAUGACGGAUGAAUUAGACGGGGACGUCAUCACCGAGUUUGUUUCUGGGGGCGCUAAGAACUAGGGGUACGCGACACGACAGGGCAAAGUGGUGUGUAAGGUACGCGGUUUCACUCUAAACGUCCGCAGUUCUGCUAUUCUCAAUUUUCACACCAUGAAAGACAAUAUUCUCUCAGAAUUAGACUCGCCUCAGGACUCUCGCCGAAAUUUGAACAUUGUCACUCCUCAUUAUUUCAAACGGGAUUUAGAGAAGAAACAAAUUCAAGUGGUUCCGUGCGUCAAGCAGUAUGGGUUAGUGUUCGACAAGCGUGUGAUCGACGUGGCCACCAAAUCGAGUUAUCCCUAUGGUUACGAGAGGAUUGGGGAUGAACUCGACUUCCUGUUAGAUUUGUAA